AUGGCACAGAGCAGUACAUCUCAUGACUCUGGCCCUCAGGGGCUAAUGAGGCGGCCAUCUCGUAGUGCCGCCACAACAGUGUCUAUUGAAGUUUUUGAUCAUGAGGUGGUUCCAGCCUCCCUUGGCACCAUUGCCCCAAUUCUGCGUGUUGCUGCAGAGAUUGAACAUGAGCGCCCUCGUGUUGCCUACCUCUGUCGAUUUUAUGCAUUCGAGAAAGCUCAUAGGUUGGAUCCUAGCUCUAGUGGCCGAGGUGUGAGGCAGUUCAAAACACUUCUCUUCCAAAGAUUAGAAAGGGACAAUGCUUCGAGUCUUGCUUCUAGGGUGAAGAAAACCGAUGGACGAGAAGUUGAGAGCUACUAUCAACAAUAUUAUGAGCACUAUGUCAGAGCACUUGACCAAGGGGAUCAAGCAGACAGAGCUCAGCUUGGUAAAGCAUACCAGACGGCCGGAGUGCUCUUUGAAGUCCUUAUGGCAGUAAACAAGAGCGAGAAAGUUGAAGCAGUAGCUCCUGAGAUUAUUGCAGCUGCUAGAGAUGUCCAAGAAAAGAAUGAAAUUUAUGCACCGUACAACAUUCUUCCACUGGACUCUGCUGGGGCCUCGCAGUCUGCUAUGCAGCUUGAGGAGGUCAAAGCUGCUGUAGCUGCCUUAGGGAACACUCGUGGAUUGAACUGGCCAACUGGAUUUGAGCAGCACAAGAAGAAAUCCGGAAAUCUGGAUAUUUUGGACUGGUUAAGAGCUAUGUUUGGAUUCCAGAGAGACAAUGUCAGGAACCAGAGGGAGCAUCUGGUUUGUUUACUAGCAGAUAAUCAUAUAAGGUUGACUCCUAAGCCAGAGCCUCUGAACAAGCUCGAUGACAGAGCAGUUGAUGCCGUGAUGACAAAGCUCUUUAAGAACUACAAGAACUGGUGCAAAUUUUUAGGACGUAAACACAGUUUAAGGCUUCCUCAAGCUGCUCAAGAUAUACAACAGCGGAAGAUACUAUAUAUGGGCUUGUAUCUUCUCAUCUGGGGCGAAGCUGCAAAUAUUCGCUUCAUGCCAGAAUGCUUGUGCUAUAUUUUCCACAAUAUGGCUUAUGAACUACAUGGCCUCUUGGCUGGAAAUGUCAGCAUCGUUACUGGAGAAAACAUUAAGCCUUCUUACGGUGGAGAUGAUGAGGCAUUUCUACGGAAGGUCAUUACACCAAUCUACCGUGUCGUUGAGAAGGAAGCAAAUAAGAAUGCGACUGGCAAGGCUGCUCACUCAGAUUGGUCCAACUAUGAUGAUCUGAACGAAUAUUUCUGGUCUCCUGAUUGCUUCUCUCUUGGCUGGCCAAUGCGUGAUGAUGGAGAUCUUUUCAGAUCAACGCGUGAUAUGGCACAGGGAAAAAAAGGAACGUUACGAAAAGCGGGAAACACAGGCAAAUCAAAUUUCACAGAAACUCGAACUUUCUGGCACAUAUAUCACAGUUUUGACCGACUCUGGACAUUCUAUCUAUUAGCACUCCAAGCAAUGAUCAUUCUUGCAUUUGAACGAGUAGAGCUGAAGGAUAUAUUACGCAAGGAUGUUUUAUAUUCUCUCUCCAGUAUCUUCAUUACAGCAGCUUUCCUACGCUUCCUUCAGAGUGUCUUGGACGUUAUCUUAAACUUCCCAGGUUUCCACAGGUGGAAAUUUACUGAUAUUUUGAGAAAUAUACUCAAGAUCAUUGUCAGUCUCGCUUGGUGUGUUGUAUUACCCCUUUGCUAUGCCCAGUCUGUCUCUUUUGCUCCUGGGAAGCUGAAGCAAUGGCUAUCAUUCCUUCCUCGAGUGAAAGGGGUUCCUCCGCUAUACAUCAUGGCUGCCGCUCUAUACUUGCUCCCAAAUGUGCUGGCAGCGAUCAUGUUCAUUUUUCCAAUGCUUCGACGUUGGAUUGAGAAUUCAGACUGGCAUAUAUUUAGAUUGCUUUUGUGGUGGUCACAGCCAAGAAUUUAUGUUGGAAGGGGGAUGCAUGAAAGUCAAAUUUCUUUGAUAAAGUAUACGAUUUUCUGGCUGUUGCUUUUCUGUUGCAAGUUUGCAUUUAGCUACUUUCUACAGGUGAAACUUUUGGUGAAGCCAACUAACGCAAUUAUGAGCAUUCGCCAUGUGAAGUAUCAAUGGCAUGAGUUUUUCCCCAAUGCUGAGAACAACUAUGGAGCAGUAGUGUCACUCUGGUUACCAGUGAUUCUGGUUUACUUUAUGGACACACAAAUUUGGUAUGCUAUUUUCUCCACUAUCUGCGGUGGUGUCAUUGGGGCCUUUGAUCGUUUGGGAGAGAUACGAACACUUGGAAUGCUAAGGUCAAGGUUCCAAUCAUUACCUGGUGCAUUUAACACGUUCCUGGUUCCUUCUGAUAAAACAAGGAGAAGAGGAUUUUCCUUGUCGAAAAGAUUUGCAGAGGUCACAGCAGCAAGAAGAACUGAAGCCGCAAAAUUUUCCCAACUCUGGAAUGAAAUCAUUUGCUGCUUCCGUGAGGAAGAUCUCAUCAGUGACAGGGAGAUGGAUCUGUUGCUUGUACCUUAUACUUCAGAUCCUAGUUUAAAACUAAUUCAGUGGCCACCAUUUUUGCUUGCAAGCAAGAUACCGAUAGCAUUGGAUAUGGCAGCUCAAUUUCGAACAAGAGAUUCUGACCUCUGGAAACGCAUAUGCGCAGACGAGUACAUGAAGUGUGCUGUCAUUGAAUGCUACGAAUCUUUCAAACAUGUCUUGCACACCUUGGUAAUUGGGGAGAAUGAGAAAAGGAUUAUUGGUAUCAUCAUCAAAGAGGUGGAGAGCAACAUAUCAAAGAAUACCUUCCUUGCGAAUUUCAAAAUGGCUCCUUUACCUGCUCUUUGCAGUAAAUUCGUCGAGCUUGUCGGAAUCUUGAAAGAUGCGGACCCAUCCAAAAGAGACACAGUGGUGCUGUUGUUGCAAGAUAUGUUGGAAGUAGUGACUCGAGAUAUGAUGCAAAAUGAAAACCGCGAAUUGGUAGAACUUGGGCAUACCAACAAGGAAUCCGGAAGGCAACUUUUUGCUGGUAUUGACGCAAAACCUGCUAUACUAUUUCCUCCAGUGGCAACAGCUCAAUGGGAUGAACAGAUAAGUAGACUCCAUUUACUUUUGACGGUAAAAGAGUCUGCUAUGGAUGUUCCGACAAACCUUGAAGCACGAAGAAGGAUUACCUUCUUCACAAAUUCACUGUUCAUGGAUAUGCCCCGAGCUCCUCGUGUCAGAAAUAUGCUCUCCUUCAGUGUUCUGACUCCGUACUAUAGUGAAGAGACUGUCUAUUCUAAGAACGACCUGGAAAUGGAGAAUGAAGAUGGUAUAUCGGUUGUUUACUACUUGCAGAAGAUCUUCCCAGAUGAGUGGACUAACUUCUUGGAGCGGCUUGGUUGUAAAAAUGAAAGUGCUGUUUUGGAGGGUGAAGAAAAUAUAUUGCAGCUUCGCCAUUGGGUUUCUUUGAGGGGACAGACUUUGUUUAGAACAGUUAGAGGAAUGAUGUAUUACAGGCGAGCACUGAAGCUUCAGGCUUUCCUUGACAUGGCUACUGAACAAGAAAUAUUAGCAGGGUACAAAGCCAUUUCAGAGCCAACUGAGGAAGACAAGAAAAGUCAGAGAUCUUUGUAUGCUCAAUUAGAGGCAGUAGCAGAUCUCAAGUUUACUUACGUUGCUACCUGUCAGAACUAUGGAAAUCAGAAGCGAAGUGGAGACCGCAGAGCUACUGAUAUCCUAAAUCUAAUGGUUAACAACCCCUCUCUCCGUGUAGCAUAUAUUGAUGAGGUUGAGGAAAGAGAAGGAGGAAAAGUGCAGAAAGUGUUCUACUCGGUGCUUAUCAAGGCUGUUGAUAAUCUUGAUCAGGAAAUAUAUCGAAUAAAACUGCCUGGUCCAGCAAAAAUAGGAGAAGGAAAGCCCGAAAACCAGAAUCAUGCACUCAUUUUUACAAGAGGAGAAGCUCUCCAGGCCAUUGACAUGAAUCAGGACCAUUACUUGGAAGAAGCACUGAAAAUGAGGAACCUGCUCGAAGAGUUCAAUGAAGACCAUGGAGUACGUGCACCAACUAUUCUUGGUUUCAGAGAACAUAUCUUCACUGGCAGUGUUUCUUCUUUAGCCUGGUUUAUGUCGAAUCAAGAAACAAGUUUUGUUACCAUUGGUCAGCGAGUCCUUGCAAGUCCUCUGAAGGUCCGGUUUCACUAUGGUCACCCUGAUGUCUUUGAUAGAAUCUUCCACAUCACUCGGGGUGGUAUCAGUAAAGCAUCACGCGGAAUAAAUCUUAGCGAGGAUAUCUUUGCUGGUUUCAACUCAACUCUAAGGCGUGGUAAUAUCACUCAUCAUGAGUACAUCCAAGUAGGAAAAGGAAGAGAUGUUGGUUUGAACCAGAUAUCCCUCUUUGAAGCCAAAGUUGCUUGUGGUAACGGUGAGCAAACAUUGAGUAGAGAUCUCUACAGACUUGGGCAUCGUUUCGAUUUCUUCCGUAUGAUGUCAUGUUACUUCACAACAAUAGGCUUCUACAUCAGCUCCAUGAUUGUUGUCCUCACAGUUUAUGCAUUCUUGUAUGGAAGACUUUAUCUGUCAUUGAGUGGAGUGGAAGAGGCAAUAGUAAAGUAUGCAGCGGCUAAAGGAGAUAGUUCACUCAAGGCAGCGAUGGCUUCACAGUCCGUAGUGCAGCUAGGUCUGUUGAUGACACUACCAAUGCUAAUGGAGAUUGGUCUAGAGAGAGGAUUCAGGACUGCGUUUAGCGAUUUACUCAUAAUGCAGCUUCAGUUAGCGCCUGUCUUCUUUACCUUCUCACUUGGAACAAAGGUUCAUUACUAUGGACGAACCAUACUACACGGAGGAGCAAAGUACAGGGCAACAGGUCGUGGGUUUGUGGUGAAGCACGAGAAGUUCGGAGAGAAUUACAGAAUGUACUCAAGAAGCCACUUUGUGAAAGGAUUGGAGCUAAUGGUACUGCUAAUAUGUUACAGAAUAUAUGGGAAAGCAACAGAGGACUCAGUGGCUUACGCUCUUGUCAUGGGAUCAACUUGGUUCCUCGUUGGUUCCUGGUUAUUCUCACCGUUCCUUUUCAACCCCUCGGGAUUCGAAUGGCAGAAAGUUGUCGAUGACUGGGAUGAUUGGAACAAAUGGAUAAGCAGCAGAGGAGGUAUCGGAGUGCCAGCAAACAAAAGCUGGGAAUCUUGGUGGGAAGAAGAACAAGAACAUUUGCUUCACUCUGGCUUUUUCGGAAAAUUCUGGGAAAUCUUCCUCUCCUUCCGUUACUUCAUCUAUCAGUACGGCAUUGUCUACCACUUGAACUUAACCAAGGAAAGCAGACUCGGGAAACAACAGAGCAUUAUAGUUUACGGACUCUCUUGGCUCGUUAUAGUGGCAGUGAUGAUCAUACUGAAGAUAGUUUCAAUGGGGAGAAAGAAGUUCAGCGCAGAUUUCCAACUCAUGUUCAGAUUACUGAAGCUUUUCCUCUUCAUCGGAUCGGUGGUGAUCGUUGGAAUGUUAUUCCACUUCUUGAAACUCACGGUUGGAGAUAUAAUGCAAAGUCUCUUAGCGUUUCUCCCAACGGGAUGGGCUUUGCUUCAGAUUUCGCAAGUCGGGAGACAGUUGAUGAAAGCGGUGGGAAUGUGGGGAUCGGUUAAGGCUUUGGCUCGUGGCUAUGAGUACAUAAUGGGAGUCGUCAUCUUCAUGCCAGUCACGAUUCUCGCCUGGUUCCCGUUCGUCUCCGAGUUUCAGACUCGACUUCUGUUUAACCAAGCCUUCAGUCGUGGACUUCAGAUUCAGCGUAUUCUUUCUGGUGGUAAGAAACAGAAAUGA